GCGCCCUAGCUGGCCUGGCUGUUCGCUGCCUUUGAACACGUCACGAUGCUCAGCAUGGAACCCCGUGUUCUACUCUGUUUGUUCCUGUUUGUUGCAGGUUCCCUGGCAUCUGAAGCGGAAAAGGUGCAUUCCCGAUCACGUCGUGGCCUUGCGUGCGUGAUGGGGAACCCACUCAUGUGCCGAAGAAACUGCUUCAUGCUGUAUCCCGGCAGCACGGGUGUCUGCAUGGGCUUCCGGUGUCGCUGUAUCGGUGGUCCCUUUGGUCCCGGAUUCCUUCCCUUUAUUCGCCCCAUCAUUCCAUUCGGACCCUUAAUGGGCCCGAUGCUCAUGGGAUGAACGAAGCCACCAUUUUGCGCUGCAGCGGAUCACUUUUUAAAUUUUAAGUUAUCUUUUUUGUAUCUAAGAAACUUGUUAGGAUUCGUAUCAGUAACCAACACCAGCAUGGUGGCAAAAUGCACUGCAUAAAAUAAAGUGUGUCCCCUUGGC